UACCUACCUAACUUACCUUAGCACUUCUCCCAUAUGCCGCAGAGGUCGCUGCACCGCCGCAAGUCCAACUCCCCCAAGCCACCGUCGUCUCCGGGUUUGGAUCAAUGAUCUGCCGAAUCUAGGAACUUAGCGAAAGAGCCAACCAGAAUGCAACGUGGGACUCAAUUACGCAGCCUGUUCUUGUUCAGAUAAUAUCGAAUUACCGCAACAUAUGUUCUUCUUUGACAGCUUUGCUUGAGCAAACAUGUCUGCAGCAUCGGGUGCGACACCGGUUCAUAACCCUCCUGCACCAGUGUCUAAGAACAAGAAGAACAAGAAGAAGAAGGCGGCGGCUGCAGCUGCCAAGGCCAAUGGCGAUGCCUCAAAGGUGAUUGAGCCUUUGGGCGAAGAGCCGGAGACAGCUCCGGAAAAGACAGAACCUCCUACCGAUGGUGCACCUGUCAACGGAUCUCCAGUAGUUUCACCUACAGCCAAUGGACAAGCCAAAGAGCCUGAUAAUGAACCGGAGGAACAAGAUGACGGCGAAGCUGCCGUUGAGGAGAAUGCAGACAGCCCUGCUGAGGCAAUCAAAGAUGCACCAUCGACGACAUCAAUACCACAGCCACCACUGGACGAAACCGAAGAGAGCAAACAGCCGUCCGAUACUGAAGAACGAUUAGACGCAUUGGUGAAGGAUCGGGACUCAUUACGUGCCGAAGUUACGGAAUUACGAAAAGCGUUAGAAGACAUUCAAGGAAAACAUGAGCAAGAGGUUUCUACGGUGCAGGGACAGCUUGAGGAGGCUCAAAACGAAAAAGAGCAUGCCGAAUCUCAGUAUCGCAAUCUUCUCGGCAAAGUGAAUACCAUUAGGUCUCAACUCGGCGAACGCUUGAAAGCCGAUGCGGAGGCAUUGGCACAAUCCAAGUCUCAAAUUGAGGAACUUGAAGAGCAGAACCGGAGUUUAGCCGAGACGAAUGAUUCCCUCGAAGCACAACUAAAUAGGCUGAAUGAUGACCAAAGAGAAAUGUCCAACGAAUUAUCAAGCCUUCGAGAUCGGUCAAGCCUUUCUCAACAGAACUGGUUAAAGGAGAGAGAAGAUUUGAUAAAGCGAGAAGCAUUGGCCAAAGAAGAAUUCGAAGCAGCAAAACAAGCAAUGCAGGAUUGGGAGGUCUUGGCCAUGGAGGAGCGAUCGAUCAGAGAGAAUUUGAGCGACCGCGUGUCUGACCUCGAGGAUCAGCUUUCAAAUCAGAGAGCAGCCUAUGAACGAGCUGCAUCGGAAAGAGAUAGCCAGUCACUUACAGUGGAUGGUUUGCAAAGAGCUCUGCAGGAGAUGCAAGAUGCACGCAAAACAGAGUUGCGAGAACUCGUCGAAAAUUCUCAAGCACAAAUGGAUGAGCUUCGCAAGCAAGUUCAGGAGGCAGAAAAACGGGCGGGCAAAGCUGAAGAGACUCUGGAUUCGACGAAGAAGGAGCUAGAAAGAGCUCUGCCAUUUGAAAAGGAGGUCAAGGAGAAGAACUUGCUGAUUGGGAAAUUGCGGCAUGAAGCGGUCAUUCUCAAUGACCAUUUAACCAAGGCUCUAAGAUUUCUCAAACGAGGUCGACCUGAGGAUAAUGUUGACAGACAAAUUGUCACAAAUCACUUUCUGCGAUUCCUCGCCCUGGAUCGAGCAGAUCCAAAGAAGUUCCAGGUCCUCCAAUUAAUUGCCGCCCUGCUGGACUGGACGGAUGAGCAACGAGAGCAAGCUGGACUUGCCCGACCCGGUACAUCAAAUAGUAAUCUCAGGGCACCACUGUCGCCCUUUCACCGCACUCCAAGUACUCCCACCGUUUUGACUGAGCUUCCGUCCGAGAGCGGCAAUCAUAAGGAAUCCUUGGCCGAACUAUGGUCAAGCUUUCUGGAGCAAGAAGCACAUGAAGGGGCAAAGAGUUCCCGCCGAGGCAGUGCUGUGUCGAAUACGUCAAAACCAUCAUAAUGUCCGCUUAGAAAACGUUUUGCUAUGAUACCUGGGCAACUUGCACCGAUUUUUGCUAUUACAUCUCAUCUACCUGCUUCGUACGAACCGAGAGACAAUUCCGACCCCUGAUACCUUUCUUUCCAUGUACAUCGAUGUCGGACGACAGCUGUCAUUGUAUUUCACGUUGGGGGAAAUGAGAUAUAUCAUUUCUCGUGCUCCAUAUAUACUCAUCCGAAAUCACUAUACAAC